CAGCCUGUAUUGAUUGGUUCGGCUUGUUUUCUGUGAGAAAAAAACGAAGUGACUCAGUUGGGUCCUACGGCCGUUUACUUAGUUUCAGUACGUCGGGGGGAUUAUUAUAGUGUCUCCGAGACCCCCUGGCAUUAGCUUCCUCAGCUCUGCCGGUGUGGUGAAUGGGUGCGGGUAUCCUUGGGGUCAGCGCCCGGUGUGGCUGCGGGAUGUGACACACACACCCCGGCCCUGUUUCUACUGCGCUGCUCACCCUUUGCCCUUUUAGCUUGGGAGGGAUGGACCUGGCAUCUGGAAUUUGCCCUGUCCGGUUCCUGAGUCGGCAGAAGGUGGAGCCCAAGACUGAGGGUCAGUGAAUUCUGCGAGGAAUGGAGGUCUUCUAUUGAAAAGCACUAAGCUAGCCAGAACAUGCAGGAAGUGGUCAGAAAAAGAAGAACUUUGAACAAUGGGCCAAUAGUUCCAUCUACAAGCUGGAAUAUUUUUGCAAGUGCUGAUGUGAUGUGUCACUUAAGGGCUAACUGACAGUGGCUGGUAAAUCUGGAAGUUCAUCCAGAAGAAUCCAAGGCAAGCCCCCAAGAUGUGGACAGCUAUUGUAUUUUUCCUGCUGGUUUCUUUGUGUAUAUCUGAAAACAGGGAUUCCAUCUUAAAACGCAGUGGGGCCCAAGUAGCAUGGAUAAACCUACACAGUAGUGAAAAACAUUGCAGGCAAGCUUGUAGAGGCACAACAGUUUCAGGUAAUCACUACUGCUGGUCAGUGCUUUAUCAAAACUGCUGUGUCCUCCUUCACUGUCCUCAACUGAAUGCAUGUCAGAAAGCCAGCACACAGGAUGUCAAAGAACUGAUGAGAGAAUUAUUGACCCGUAAAAGAAGAGACACUGGAAUAACCCCACAGCCCAAUAACACAGAAGAGUCCAAAGGACAACCAAAGAUGCUGACUGAUAAGAACCGUCUUAUUAAAAAUUAUACAGAGGGGCCUCUUUCAACUCAAGCAAGUAAGAUAUCUGAUGAUAACGGGAUCAGCCGACCUGUAAUGAUUAUGAACAACACUACCACUACGCAACUUAAAAUGGGAGCAAUGGCCCUGAGUGGCAUUCAUAACAAUAUAACCACAAUUGUUAAUAAAUCAACUGUCUCUUCAUUUCCCAACACCCCUCCUCAUACAACAAUAGCUACCACAUACCACAUACAUCCAAGCCUUAAUACUGAGAGUACGGCAAUAUCAAAAGGAAUAGGUAACAAGGAGCUAACUUUGGGACCAACUGAGAAAAUGACAUCAGUAGAACUUUCCAAGAGUAUUGAACCCACACCAGUGAAGGAUUUAGUGCCUCCCACACUUCCACCUACGUCUCCUAAACUUUCUGUGCCAACAAGCUCUGUACAAAGUCCCUCAUCACCAGCAAGCUCAAUUGCAGAAGCAACUACACAUGGUCCACCGACAGUGGGAACCCACUCUACAGUUACAAAUACAUCUCGAGCAACCCAUAGUCCACCAACAUCAAGGCCUCGUUCAGUAGUUACAAGCACACCUCUAACAACUGCAAGAGCAAGCAGCAGUCCACCACUGUGGAGCCCCCAUUCAACAAUGAUCAGCACAGCUCUGACAACUACAGGAGAAAGUACACCAACAACAACAUCAGAUAAUAAAACAAUGUUGAUAGACAAGACAAAAUCUAAUCCAGUUAGGGUAACUCCCACAGUCUCUACAAAGAGUGCUGAAACCUCCAUUGCUACACAGCACACACAGACUACCAGCCAACUUGUGAUGACACCAACUCAUAUCCCUCCUUCAUCAGUGCUGACUGUUACAAGUUCAACAAGAUUGCCCAAAUCAGCAACGGUACAACACAGCCAAGGCCUAAGUAGUGAGAGUACCUAUUGGCAGGUAGAUGUCAGUUUGCUCUUAGCACUUCUUUUCGGAGUCCUAUUUUUCAUAACAGUUGUAGUUUUAUUUGCCAUACAAGCAUAUGAGAGCUACAGGAAGAAAGACUACACUCAAGUGGACUAUUUAAUCAAUGGGAUGUAUGCAGACUCAGAAAUAUGAAAGCAAUAGAGUGACAAUUCAGUGACAAAAUAUAUUUGAGGGAUUUGAAAGCCCAUGGUGGCUUGUCUUUUAGUUCCCUGUUUUGCCUCUAAGACCAACUGAAAGUGCUUCCAAAUUACUUCUGGUGCAAUGUAGGAAAAAUGCCAUGUAUUCUAUUGUAAAGUAUUUUUUAAAACAAAUGCAGUUUGCCAUGAAUAUAUUAUUUCUGAAAUUACAGUAUCACUUUUGUUGUGCCAGUUUAGUUUGCCCUUAUGAAGGGCCAUUAAUGUUUCCAGCAGCCUUCAUGCAAGGACUUCAUAGGAGGACUGUGUGGCUUCCUAGACCAAGUUCCUCAGGUUCUGUUAAUAUUAUCUCUUUUCUUAUGCCACAAAUGAUGGGAAAGGAGUGGUUUCAGACAGAAAGGUUUUGGAGUUUCAGAAUGCCUGAUACAGGAAGUUGUGCAGGGGAUGUGUGGCAUAAGCCAUGGCAGAUCAAAGGUAGGUGGCACAGCUUAAUAUCUCUGACGGUACGCUUCACUUUGCUACUUGCUGCAGCACUAAAUCUGCCAUGGGGAAGCUGCUUGUUUACAGAAUAAAGUUUUGAAGCCUCUGGAUAAAAAGCUCUGUAGAAUUGCUAAGCAUUCCUGUUACUCUCUGUUGGGGGUAAUGUUGAUGGAACAGCCAUUUUGUUUUCCUGAACUCCCUGAUUAUUUAAAGGAAAACCCAAUUGUUUACUAGACCCUGUUAAUGCUGUGCUAUUUCCUAAUCAUGAUGGCUUUUCCCUGAGGUGCUUCUGUACUGCUAUAUGAUUUUAUUUUUGUACCCACCGAAUAAAUGAGUCCCCAGGGGACAUUUCAAAGUU